GUGUCAAACAGUGUCAAAGUGACAACGGGAAAGGGAAAUCUAUUUUAGGUUAUUAAAAAUGAAAUAAACAAAUAAUCAGCUCAAACUGUUGGAAGAGGAAAGUUCAUAUUUUAUUUAUGAUGCCUCGAGAGAAAAGCAAACACCGCGAAAGAAGAAGUUCAUCUUACAGUUCUGAAGCAUCGUACGACAGAAAGAAAUCUAAAAGCAAGCACAAACGACGUUCACGGUCAAAGGAUCGGUCGGAAAGCAAUUAUAGAAGGAAAAGAUCAAUUUCCAGGUCAAGACACCGACGUCGAAGCUAUUCCAGAAGUCUGUCUAGGGAUCGGUAUGAGAAAUCUAAGAAGCGGUCUUCGUCGAGGCGCGAGCGUUCCCGAUCCAUAUCAAGCUCUAGAAGUAGGUCUAAACACAGUAAGAGUAGCAAGAAAUCAUCGAAAAGAUCGCGUUCUUCGAGCAGUAGAUCAAGUUCUUUCGACACAGAAAAAUCAUUACAACAUAAGAGAGUAAAUCAUGAUGACACAGAAUCAAAGCUGGAAAAAGCCAUCAAAGCUGCAGCAGCCGCUGGGCUGACAAUGACCAAAAUACCAACUUAUGAUUACAAAGAAGUAGAGAUCAAAGAAGACAUGCCUACAAUCCACGACAGGAACUUACUGGCCGAGAUAAACAGUGACUCAUUUGUCCAAAAACCCUUUACAUCAUCAAAAAGCAAGAAGCAGUCACAGAACAUUGUAAUAGAUCUGGAUGCUCAGACUGUAAAGGUGCCGCAGGCAGAGAUCAAAGUCCAGAAAGAUGAUUCUAUAAUCAAUUUUGAUGAAUUGCCAAGUGAGGAAGAACUGAAAGAAAUGUGGAUACAGAAACUUUAUCAAUACAGGAAAAAAAUGCUGCGAGGGGAAAUAUAAACCCCCACACCAUUAGGAUAAUAUUAUAUUUGUAAGGAUAAAUAAAUAUUUCCACGCAUUG